CGCAGGCAAUGUACCAUCGAAAGAAGGAAAUGAUAGUAUGGUUUUCGUUUAGUUGUUGUUACCGCUGCUCUUGGCGUUGACAGACUUGUCAACAGACAGGAGUAUGUUCUGCGUGUAUUUUUAUUUUUAUUUUGGGACAACCGAAAAAAUAUGGUUUCGAAAUAAAAUACGGUACUGCAAUGGGGCAACUGUGCCUGUGCAGUAUGUUCUACCAUCAUGUGUUUCCAGAGGAUCGUAUAGGGGACGGACUUGUAAACAUUUCAAACGUGGUUUACUGCCAAGUAAUGAGCUAACCUUGUGGGGCUGGCUUUGCUCUACGUGUAACUUACAGGCAUGGUUUCAGGAAAUGUGAUAGCUCGGUUUAGCGAGCCUAAAACAGCACAUAGAGUUUCUGCUUUCUAUAUCAUUCCAUCCGGUUUCAUUAAUGUUUACAUGUGAACUUGUUAGCUCAACAGCCCGGCUAUUAAUGAAGAUAUGAAAUUACUCUUUCUUGCUUGUCUCAGCCCUAAAACUGGGAACCACACUACAGCUGAGAGAAUAAGGUCCCACAUUGAGUCAGCAGGACACAUUUGUGAGCUCAGAGAUGCAGCAGAAUUUCGGUCACCUGCAGAGGUGGCAAACCUAGUUUCUCGAAAUCCUCCAUUUCAGGGUGCACUGGCUAUCCAUCUGUUCAGAGCAGGCAGACUUCUCUUGGACAUCCAAGUACCCUUUGGCGUCAUCUUUGGUGGAACAGACAUAAAUGAAGAUGUGAAAGUUGCACAGAAGCGUGCGGUUAUGGAGCAGGUGCUACUGAAAGCCAGGUUCGCAGUUGCCUUUACUGACAAACUGAAAGCAGAGGCAGAAUUAUUUUUGCUUUCCCAGAGCAGUAAAAUCUACGUUCAACCCCAAGGUAUCCAGACGGAAGUGACUGAGAAAUUCUGCUGGGCUGAAUUCUUGAGGAGCUCAGGUGUAACCAGUGAGCACAUGGAUAAGAUGCGUGUCUUCCUGUUGGUCUGUGGCCUCAGAAGAGUCAAGGACCCCCUCUAUCUGGUGAAAGUAUUUUCAGAGUGGCAUUGUGACAAUCCACUGAAUGUGCUGGUCAUUAUUGGGCCAAAGAUUGAUCCUGUGCUUACUGUGGAAGUGGAAGCCGUUGUUAAAAGAACGGCAGGGGUCUUUUUGGCCCAGGAGAGGAGCCAACAGGAGCUUCAUGCUGCAAUGAAAAGGUGCUUCGCUGUGGUCAACAGCUCUAUCUCAGAGGGCAUGUCAGCAGCCAUCUUGGAGGCCAUGGAUCUUGGAGUUCCUGUGUUGGCUAGGGACAUUCCAGGAAAUGCAGCUGUGGUGCAGCAUGAGUUCACUGGCCUGCUAUACUCUUCUCAUCAGGUGCAGAGACAGAUACCGCUAUGCUCUGCAGGACAUUACAACAGUUAAACAGCUAGAGACACUGCAAACCAACAUUGGAGUAUUUGUCUAUUCAAGCAAUAGCCAUUUAAACCUACAAAUAUGUGAUCAAAUUCUCAGUGAAAACAAAAUAGACACACAAAGAUAUAACACACUGGUAUAUUAGACACACUUGCCUUUUUCCAGGUAUUGGAGCCUUCCUCUGACAAAUUACAGCGAUGGCUCCGUCUGCUCCCAUAUCCAGAGUUAUGUCCCACAGUAAAGAGUUACUGGGUGUUGCUGUUCGAAAGGUCACACCUUUCUUAACUGUCGCUCUGUGAAAAGUCAGAAACGAAAAGGUCAAGAAUGUGGCAAAUUUAAAAUGUCCCCUAUUAACAACCAAUGGAAUAUAAGGCAAUAAAUGGUUCUUUUUCCAAAGUUUAAGUAUAUAAUGUGAACAAUUAACAAAACAUAUCUUUACCUUUUCUCUUCAUCCCAUUUUCAUGCCUUUUUUUAAAUUUUCUUGUGACUUACUAAUUUAUAGUUUGUCAGCAGUGUUAGGAAAUCCAGUUUCCUCAGACAGAACAUAUUUGAUUUCUUCAUUCAAACUUUAUCUGUUCAGGUUAAUUCCAUAAAACCCAGGAUUUCCACACAAAAAAAAAGUCUC